CAGAACUCACGAAAUCUGCGACGUCUAGCUGGUGAUCACGCGGCUCUACACAACAACCCCCUACCACCAAAUUAUCUCUUCGACCCCAGCACAACAUCAGACUCAGACCUCACAUCCCUAGAUAUCUUACUGGCAGGCCCACGCGCCACUCCCUACGAACUCGGCGUCUUCAAACUGCACCUCACAAUCCCCACCACAUAUCCGCAAGAACCUCCCAAAGCAUAUUUCCGCACAAAGAUUUUCCAUCCCAAUGUCGAUGAUGGCACUGGAGCUGUUUGUGUGGAAACGCUGAAGAGGGAUUGGGAUGCGAAGUUGACUUUGCGGGAUGUGCUUGUUACGAUAUGCUGUUUGCUUGUGCAGCCUAAUGCGAGCAGUGCGUUGAAUGCUGAGGCUGGCAUGUUUCUGGAGCAAGGCGAUUGGAGUCAGUUUGAGAGGAGGGCGAGGAUGAUGACGAAGUUGCAGGCGGGUGUGCCGAAACAGCUCAAAGAGGCUGUU